AUGGUGUCGGAGAUGGUAGACAACGCCGACUGGGACGGAAUUGGCACCGCUUCCACUGGAACGUUCUCUGCCGAAUCCGCCACGGUUGCCGCCGAAUCCUCCACGGUUACCGCCAAAUCCACCACGAGGAGUUCCACGAGGAGUUGGAGUGCCUCCACGAGAGCCUCCGUUAGGGUCUCUUGGAGCACUGAAGUCCAACCGAACAGGUCUGCCGGCAAUGUACUCGCCGUUCAAGGCGUCCAAAGCGGCCUUGGCCUCGUCCACCGAGCUGAACUGAACAUAUCCAAAUCCUUUUGGUUGCUCAGACUCAGGGUGGGUUGGAAUUCUGAUGCCCAAGACAGUUCCGUGCUGGUCAAAGUACUCCUUCAAAGUGUCUCUGUCGGCCUGGAACGACAGGUGGACAUGUCUAAAUUAAUUGGUCUUCCCUCGAUCUCUCUGCCUUGGAACUCCUCCAAUGCUUUUUCUGCUUGCUCCUUCGACUCGAAGUCGACGUAUCCGUAUCCUCUGGAACGGCCGGUCUCGCGCUCAGUCAUCACUCUGGCUGCCAAAACACCAUCAAACGCCUGGAACUCCUCCAAGAGUCUCUGGUCGUCGACUGCCCACGCCAGUCUUCCGACAAACAGAGUGGUGACCUCCUUAGGCUUCUUGGAUGGGGUUUCUGGCUCGGCGUCGGCCUUUCUCUUACGCGAAUCGGACUCAGACUCGGACGAGGAGUCGGACGAGGACUCAGACUUGGACGAUGACUUGGACGAGGACUUAGACUCAGAGUCGGAGUCAGAGUCAGAAUCAGAAUCAGAAUCGGAAUCAGAGUCGGAAUCAGAAUCGGAAUCAGAAUCGGAAUCAGACGAGUCAGAGUCAGAGCUGUCGCUGUCAGAACUCUCUUCCUUCUUUUCUUCCUUCUUCUCCUCCUUCUUCUCCUCCUCCUCGUCAGAACUGUCAGAACUGUCAGAAUCAGAGCUGUCGCUGUCGCUGUCCGAGUCGUCAGAGCUGUCGCUAUCGGAGCUCUCAGACUCCUCCUUCUUUGGCUCUGGCUUCUUCUCUUCCUUUUUUUCUUCCUCGGACUCGGAAUCAGAAGAGUCAGAGUCAGAAGAGUCGUCAGAGUCAGAGUCGCUGGAAUCGCUGGAAUCGCUAGAAUCGCUAGAAUCGUCAGAAUCGUCAGAAUCACUAGAAUCGUCAGAGUCGCUCGAGUCGCUCGAAUCGCUCUCACUCUCGCUCUCCUCCUUGGCCUUAACGGCCUUCUUCACCUCCUUCACUUCCUUCUUGCUCUUCACGGCCUUCACAUCGAUGAACGCUUUGGUAUUGCCAGGACAACCAAUUGUGCCCGCCGCCGCCGAGGACCACGUCUACACCGCUGGCGCCAACACAAUUCUGGCCGACCGCGCGGUCAACGGCGUCGCUGUCCCAUGCAUCGUGGCCACCUCGCUCGGAGCCGUCAACUUCGCAACCACAGAUAAGUCGUCUGUGGUGUCUGUGCGCACCAACGGGGCCCAAAUUGCCAACUUCACGCCGUCCGAAGACGACGUCGUGCUCGCCAAGGUCACCAAGAUCUCCACCACCAAGGUCAACCUCGAUAUUCUGCAUGUGCAGGACGAAAGUGUCCAUCUUUCGAAUUUGUUACUCAACGACUAUGGCGAGAAUUUCAAAGCCAUUUUGCGGUCCUCGGACAUCAGGUCCACCGAGAGAGAUAAGGUCAAGGUCGGCGACUGUUUCAGACCGGGAGAUAUCGUGAAAGCCAUGGUGAUAUCCCUUGGAGACGGAAUCAACUACUAUGUCACCACCGCCAGAAACGAUCUGGGAGUGGUCCACGCGCGCUCGAAAUCAGGCAAGCUGCUGUACCCGCUGGACUGGGAAACCAUGGUGGUGCCCAGCACGGGCGAGCUGGAGCCGCCAGUCGCGGCCAAACAGAGCCACCUUGAUCCAGUCGCUCACCACAAGGAUCUUGCUUCUGACGCCCAGAAUCAUCGACACGUAGGCAGUUCUCCAGAAGAAGAAGGUCAGACUUCCUCCAAGAGCAAGCGUGGACCACGAGCCCCACGAAAGGUCGGCAAUGGCUCUCUCGGAUCCAACGUACGCCAUGGCACCCUGGUGCUUGUACACAAACGGCUUCAACGAGGCCUUUUGUCUCUCGAUCCGUCUGGCCAGCUUCUGCACAGACUCCGGGUUCACCUCCAGAGAGGAAAGGUACUCCAAGUCGUCGAGCUUGGCCAGCUUGUUGAAGUAGUCAGCCAAGUACUCUCCCUGUUGGUGAGCAACCUGGGCAGUUGGAGCGUUCGUGGUGAAAGUGCAAUCUCCCAAAGCGUAGAUGUUCGAGGCACCGUCCAGCUUCAAGUUCUCGUCCACAAGAAGUCCUCUUCUGGCGGUCUUUUGCUCGGUGAUCUUAUCGGCAAGCGAUCUGGUCAACUGUCUUUGAGCGUUACCUCCAGCCCAAACAAGAGUUCCGUACGGAAUCACCACGUCCUCAGAAGUGCCGUCGGCACGCUUCACAGAGGCAUACACGUUCUUAGGGUCCACUUUCUUCACCAUGGUGUUAGUCCUGAGCUCAACACCUUGGUUGUUGAACACCUCCUUGGUAUAUUCAAUUAA